UAGUGGAUGACAGAUCCAGUCGCCAUCCCGAUGGUUCACUUCCUGGAUAGACCGUACCGUUCUUAAGAAUUUUAAACCUAUUUAAAGAGUCUGUUUAGGCCUCAGAACCGGCCCGGGGCCUCGGUGUGCUUCAGUAUUCGGCCUGUCCGUCCUGUUCGGUGCUGGUUCCGUCCCUCCUCCGCCUCCGAACCGUCGGCCCGGUGCUGCUGUCGCCAUGUCCGCUUCCAGUAGGUCCUCCCCGGCGGGGCACAGCUCGGGCCUCGGCCCUGGCAUGUCCAUCUUCCGGUGGUUAGAGGUUCUGGAGAAGGAGUUCGACAAGGCCUUCGUGGACGUGGAUCUGCUGCUGGGGGAGAUAGACCCGGACCAGGCCGACAUCACGUACGAGGGCCGGCAGAAGAUGACCAGCCUGAGCUCCUGCUUUGCCCAGCUGUGUCACAAAACCCAGACCGUGUUCCAGCUCAACCACAAACUGGAGGCCCAGUUGGUGGACCUGCGUUCAGAACUGACCGAGGCUCAGGCCGAGCGAGAAGUGGUGGAGAGAGAGGUCCACGACCAGCUGCUGCAACUGCACGCGCUCCAACUGCAGCUGCACGCCAAGCAAGGCCAAAGCGAGGACUCCGAGUCCAUCAAAGACAGACUGCCUGUCCCAUGUUUGGAGGAGAAGGAACAGGAGUUUGAGUCCAGCAAAAAGGAGAAGCUGGCAGAGUCGAGGUUAGAGGCCGAGGUCAAACUGUACAAGAAGGAGAACGAGGCUCUGCGCAGACACAUGGCGGUUCUGCAGGCGGAGGUUUACGGCGCCAGACUGGCAGCCAAGUACCUGGACAAGGAACUAGCAGGAAGGGUUCAGCAGAUCCAGUUACUGGGUCGUGACAUGAAAGGGCCAGCGCACGACAAACUGUGGAACCAGCUGGAAGCAGAGAUCCACCUCCACCGCCACAAGACCGUCAUCCGAGCGUGCAGAGGUCGCAACGACCCCAAGAAGCCCCUGCCCUCUCCUGUGGGACACGACCCAGACAUGCUGAAGAAAUCCCAGGGCGUUGGACCCAUCCGAAAAGUGGUGCUCGUCAAAGAUGACCACGAAGGCCUGGGGAUUUCUAUAACGGGUGGGAAGGAGCACGGCGUUCCCAUUCUGAUCUCUGAGAUCCAUCCCAGUCAGCCCGCAGACAGAUGUGGAGGUCUGCACGUAGGAGACGCCAUCCUGGCUGUCAACAGUAUCAACCUACGAGACUCCAAACACAAAGAGGCUGUUACCAUUCUGUCGCAGCAGCGAGGACAGAUUGAGUUCGAGGUGGUGUACGUGGCUCCAGAGGUGGACAGCGAUGAUGAGAAUGUGGAGUAUGAAGACGACAGCGGCCACCGCUACCGGCUGUAUCUGGAUGAACUGGAGGACAGCAGCACAGCGGCGCCUAGCAACAGCUCUGCAUCACUGCAGGCUCUGGAGAAGAUGUCACUGAGUAACGACCCAGAGAACGGAGACACUGGGGUUUCCACCAAUGCACCGUCGGAGGAAAACCCUUCCAAAGCCCCGGAGUCGGACAACGCCUCCUGGCUCAGCCAAGCCAUCGCACACUGGAGGGAAUAACUAGAGGAUCAUGGGAGAAAAAAACUGAAUCAGACAAUUUUUGAGGAGCCAGGAACAAGGGAAACUGAAUCCACACUGUUUGGAUGUGGGAUAAAUGUGUACGUUUAAUGAAGAAGACAUGUAAGAUAUGUAGAGGACAGAGGGAGACGGAAGGACGGGGGCGUCUCCGUAGGACGGUAAUGUGGUCUGUAUGUGAGGGAACGGUAGAAGUCUGUCCUGGAAUCUGAAAGAACGCAAACACAGGUGUUUGGAAAUGUCCUUUUUAUGGACAAGACCUUGAGGGUCAGAGUCAGUUUAGUUCAGUUCCAUAUUCAGACCAAUCUGAUCUAAAGUCAAAUAAGAACAGAGGAAAAGUCCAACUACAGUAUGAAAUGGAAUUAUGUUUACAGAAGUUUCCAUAAAAAUGUGAAUAAUAUGAGCAACCUGAAAUAUAAGGAAAAUAAGUGCAAUUUUAACAAUAUUCUGCCUCUGUUUAUCAUUUAUACAUGUUCAUUAUAACAUACAGAUGGAUCUACAAAUA